UAGAAACAUAGAAUAUAGAACUGAAUUCCUUGAAAUGAAAUAUUAGGGACAAGAAACAUUGUAUAAUUAUAAUAAAUUCUUACGACAAAUAAUGUGAGGGAAGACAAUGGAACAUCUCAAGAAUAUCUGAAGAACAUCUGAGAGAUUUGGAUGUCUCUUUGACUCUAUUAACUGUCUCUUUUAUGAUUUUUCGAUUGUGUUUUGGUUUUAUGGGAAAUUUAUUGUGGAGAUAAAUUGUGAAAAUAAAAUGAAAAAAUAAAUAUUCAUUUACGACUAACCGACCAAUUUCUUGUUUCAGGGUGUAGGAAAAGCACCGAAAAGAAUGGCAAAGAAGACGGUGCCGGCGACAUUGCAGACGGAGGUUUUGAAUGAUGAAGAAUGGGGGAAGAUAUUAAAACGGAAAGGAUUAGUUGUCGUGGAUGUGUACUCGGAUUGGAGCGGUCCUUGUACAGGUAUGGUGAGCACCUUGAAAAAGAUCAAGAUGGAGAUCGGAGGUGACGCACUGAGUUAUGCUACGGCAAGCUGCGAUCGCGUUACCGACUUGCAGAGGUUUCAAGGCAAGAGCGAGCCAACGUGGAUGUUCAUUCACGAAGGACGAAUGAUAAAUUUAAUGUUUGGGGCACACUGUCCGCAACUCGUACAAAUGUUAACAACCGAGCUCGAGAGAGUUCAACACGGUGAUGAACAUGAAUUCUCAAUAGACGUAUCGGAGAGGAGUCCAGAAGAAGUAAUACGAUUGAAGAUCCACGAGGAGGCGAGGAUAGCCAAAGAGACAGCGAGGCGGUCUCGAAAAGGUAAUAUUCAAACUGAGGAUUGCGUCGCGAUUUGCGUCAAUCACAUGCUAAUGCAACAAAAAUCUUGUCAUACAGAGGCUGAAGCUAAAGCGAGAUAUGAGGCAGAGAUGCUGCAUCUGACAACGUCGUUGUGCAAUGAAACUUGUCUACUGUUGUUCCCAUGGAUAUUCAAAGACGAAGAAGGACGUAGGAGAGACAAGAAGUCAAGUCCACCGUACGUGGAACUAGUUGAAGAAUUAUUGCCGGAGCAUUAUACGGUGGAGCAAGAACUGCGUAAGCGGCUAAAUGAGGAUCUGCUCCAUCAGAUGCUCGACGAGGUAUUCUUCUUCUCUGUCAUUUACUAUAAGAUCGCAUCGGUAGUAAACGUUGAUCUCGAUGUGUCGACGGUAAAAAUAUAUUCUUUUUUCAUUCGAAAUAUACAGUCAACGUACAGUUUUUCGGAAUACGUCAAGCAGCUGUUGCUCGAUGGCAAAUGCAUGUUCAUGCGACUGAAGAUCGUAGAGACCAGGGAAGAUCUCGACGUUCAUAAUUAUCUUUUCAGUCUUUUGUUCAACCAACCGAUGUUACCGGAGUCGGAAGACGAUCCAAGUGAAGAUUGUUACGCCGGAAGGCAUUGUCCAGCCUUUGAAGUCCCUGAUAAAGAAAAUAAAAAAUUUCCUUUCAUUUGGUCACCUCCGAAUCCAAGAAAUAAGGCCGUUGUUUUUCGUACGAUAUUCAACGUUUAUACUAACACGACAUACCCGUAUGAAGAUAAAAUGGCGAAUGUACCGAUAAUCGUCUUCAAAUACGACUAUACGCGUAAAAAUGAUUUAAAGAUGGUGCUGGAAAUGUUCAAUGACGACAUUAUAGAAUUUGGUGUGUUCGAGUAUGACAAGCCACCUGAGGCUAAGAUGAUCGCCAAAAGUAUAGAGGCAUUUGAGAUGAGUACGGAAGAGAAGACAGGGUAUUUUGUAUUUCGUUCUAAUAAAAAUGUUCAUUGCAACAACGAUGUAACCUUCUCGCAGGAAUUUGAAAAAAUGCAGUCUGGAAUCUAAAAACUUAGAACGUAAAAGAGAAUCAAUGUUAACGUUAAAGAAACUGAAUGUACUGCCUCAACAAUCGAUCGCAUCUAUGUUGCAACGAAUUCUUGAGUUUCUGUUAUAUUUCGGAAUAGUUUGAGACUCACUUUAUUCAUACACUGAAUUACUGCUUC